AUGGAAGAUAUUCGCAGUUUUUUUCUUAGUUUGAAACUUUCGGGUUCUUUUACUGUUAGCCUUCUUGAUCCUCGACAUGUUUUUAUUAAUCUCUCGAAUGAUAAUGACUAUACGAGGGUUUUUUUAAGGAGAUCUUACUAUGUGAAAAAUUUCCAAAUGAGACUUUUGAAAUGGUCUCCUGAUUUUGACAUAAAUUCUGAAUCCCCAAUUUGUCCUGUCUGGAUUUCUCUACCUAAUCUUCGUAUGCAUUUUUAUAAUCAUACUGUUUUGCAAAAGAUUGGGUCUAUUUUCGGUAGACCUUUACAGGUGGAUCAAGCUACGGCUAAUAGAACUAGACCUUCAGUGGCUAGAAUUCUGGUUGAAAUGGAUAUUACGAAAGAUUGGUCCAAGGAAAUUUGGCUUGGAUCUGAAGGUAACGGUUAUAUUCAAAAAGUAGAAAUUGAAAACUUUCCUAUAUUUUGUACUCACUGUAAAUUGUAUGGUCAUGAUAUUAAUAACUGCUUUAUUCUCAAUCCCUCUUUGAAAAAUAAGGCUCAAAAUUUUGCUAAUCGUGAUAAUAAGGGUAAGGAAAAAGAGGAACCUUCGGUUUUGCAUGCAUCUUUUACUCCUGAAAAUUUUAUUGAAACGAAAGCCAAGAAAAUGGUUUGGAAAGCGGUUAAUAAGGAACAAAGGGAAGCUUUAAAGGAAGAUGUUAUGGAAAAUAAGCAAUGGGAUAUUGUUCUUUAUAAUGAAGAGCCUAAAACUGCUCUUUCUAACAAAUUUUCUAUUCUAAAUCAAAGUAAUAUUGCUGAUAUGGAUUUUCAGGAAUCCACAGAUGAUAUUUUUACUUUAAACAAUGCUGUUAACUAUUCUGUCGAGAAUUUGCAGAAAGAAGAAUGCUGUGGGGCUAAUGGAAAUUCGGUAUCCAUACCAGAAUUUUUCUCUGAAUUAGAAGAAAAAGAAUUAGAGGAGGGUGAACUGGUGCUUGAACAUGAAAUUGAAGUGUCCUCUCCCAACAUUUCAAUGACUUAUGUGGAUUCUUCUUACAAGAAAGGUUCGGAAAAGGGUUCUCUUGUUUAUGCUGCCUGCAAUAGAUGUGAUAGAAGAAUUCUUUGGAAUUCUUUAUCUGAAUUUGCUUCUUCUGUUAAUGAACCUUGGUUUGUGGGUGGGGAUUUUAACAUUAUUCUGAAUACUAAUGAAAGACUUGGUGGAGCUGCCCCUAACACUUACUCUAUGGAGGAGUUUUCUAACAUGAUUAAUGAUUGUGCCUUAGUGGAUAUUGGUUUUACCGGUUCCAAUUAUACUUGGAAUAAUAACCGUAUUUGGCAAAGACUAGAUAGAAUUCUCUUUAACCAUUCUUGGAUUUCUACUUGGCCUUUAACGGUGGUUGAGCAUUUAAGCAGGUCUCUUUCAGACCACUGCCCCUUACUUAUCUCUAUCAAGGAAAAUAAUUCUAACAACAAAGGUACGCCCUUCUUUAGAUUUCAAAAUAUGUGGAUUCAGCACACUGACUUCUUACAAUUAGUUUCUUCUAACUGGAAUACUUGCAUUGCUCCUGAUAAUUCUGUCAAAGAUUUGGAAGAGAGAGUUUGUUAUCUGGAAAAUUUGUUAAUCUCUGAUCCUUUAGUCAUUAAUGAACUCAAUGAAACUAAAGAUAAUUUGGUUAAGUUUCAGGAUAUGGAAGAAACUUUUUGGAGGCAAAAAGCUUCUGCUAAACAUUUAAAUGAAGGGGAUAGAAAUACUAAGUAUUUCCAUGCCUUGGUUAACAAAAAGAAAAGCUUAAAUUUUAUUAAUAAAGUAAAGGAUGACAAUGGUAUGUGGAUUCAAGAGGAUAUGCUUCAUGACUCUGUUACAAGGUACUUUACUAAUUUGCUUGGUAAGAAAACUAAUAUUAGUCCAUUAGUUAACUCUCAUCUUAUUGAUAAUACUAUUUCUUAUGAGGAUAACAUUGCUCUCACGGUUAAUCCUACUGAAAAUGAGAUUUACUUAGCUGUUAUGUCUAUUAAUCCUAAUGCAACUGCUGGCACAGAUGGUUUUACUUCUCUUUUCUUUCAUUCUUGUUGGCAUAUUAUCAAAAAGGAUUUAAUUGCUGCUGUUGUUGAUUUUUUUGAGGGGAAUAAUUUGUUUCUCAAGAUCAUUAGAAAUUCUAUUGAAAACGUUUGGUUCUCGGUUAUUCUUAAUGGAACUUCUAAUGGUUUCUUUCACUCUUUGCAAG